AUGCUUGUCGUCGACCCCACCUACCCCGUCGUCUCCUUCAACAAGACCUCGUCUCCUGAACUCAAGGAAGCCCUCGAGACCCUCCGUGAAAAGGUCAUUCUUCCCACCUACCUGCCACCCGAGCUACGACAGAAGAUCUUCAACAAGAAGUAUGAGAAGGAGCUUGCGCACGACCCCGUCACCAUCCAGAUCGAUGGCCAGCCCCAACGGUUCACCUACAUCAACAUGAUGACGGACAUGCCCAACACGCCCAAGAACAUCCGGUCCGCCCUCCUGAAAAUGAAGGACGGCGGCGACUUUGCCAACCUUUCCGGCCUGCUCGAGGGCAUGCAGCGCGCCAACCGCAAACUCCCAUACUGGCUCUCUGCCCAGAUCGUCCGGAAAGCCUGCAAGGCCGGCCAGCUGGAGCUGAUCCUGCGCAUGGUCCGCGACGUCAAGCGCACCGGCUUCACGCUCGACCGCCACGAGACUGUCAACGAGCUCCUGCACUGGAUCCAGCGUUGGGCCUGGAAGAAGGACUAUAGCGAGCCCGAGACGCGCAAGGCGCUCAAGGAGGUUCAGGAGAUUCUGGAGGCCCUGGAGGGCGAUGAGAGACACAUGAGCAAGGACCGCCAGAGGCAGGAGUCCCUUACGUCGUUUCCCUACUACAGCGACCCUCAGUUCCUUGUCGCCAGGCUAAACUUGGCAGCCGAGCUCGCUGCUCGCAAAGUAACCGGAACGCAGGAUGCGGAACAGAAGCUCACCAGCGCCAACAACGUCAAGAACCUCCUCAAGUACGCCAAGCAGCUCGUCAAGCUGUGGCCCGCCGACAAGGCCCUCUUGGACAUGUACAAAGAUGAGGCCUACGUUGCCAGGGUCGAUCUUCGGUACAUCAUCAAGCCCCAAGUGCAUCUCCGCUAUGCCAGCUUCGCGCUCCAGGGCUUGAAGAGGGCGGCUGAGGUUGUCGGAAAGGCCGGCGAUGGCCAGAUGGCGGCGCAGCUGAUCAACAGGGCGACUGCUGUCGAGGCUGAGGCCCAGUUGGCCUAUGCCAAGGUUGAAGAUGGCAUGGCCGGCCAGAAGAUUUACGAGAUGGUUGUUGGUGGAAAGAAAUAA